AUGGCUCGAGAAAAAGUUGCUAUUGUGGGGAGCGGGAUGGCAGGUCUUGCCACAGCAUGGGCGUUACACAAUGACCCUUCUCACAAGUUUGACGUUACAGUAUUCGAAAAGGGCAAUGCAUGUGCGCUGGACGGUUACUCAUAUGCACCACCAGGUUUAACUCAUUCCCGCAUCGACAUUCCUAUGCGUGUUUUCUCGGGCGAUUACUAUGCCAAUCUCUUCAAGCUCGUGGCAGAAUUCAAUGUUCCUGCUAAACCACGUCGAUUCCUGUUUGUGUUUACCAGGGAACGACAGGCCCGUCCGUAUUUUAUCCACGCAUCGAAUGGGUAUAGAAAGAUCCCACCGCUCCCUAUGCCCAAUCCUGGUAUUCUAGAACUCGUUCAACAUUAUGUCCUAAUGCUCACUAUGGCCCUUUGUUAUGCCUUGUUUGCAAUUGCAAUCUACGUCUUCCCACCAAGGGUGGGCGGAGCAGGCCAAGCAAGCAAGACCGAAACUAUCAAACAAUAUUGCAACCGACUCUGGCUUCCAAAUUUCUUCUUGGAUGACUAUCUUGUACCUCUCUUUUCAUCUGUCGCAACAUGUUCGCAUGAAGACUUUCGGAAUUUUCCUGCAGUGUAUAUCACCGACUACAAAAAGUGCACCGCCGGCCAGAACCAUAAUUCGGUAACAACGAUGCAAGAUGUGCAAUCAAAGCUCGUUUCAAAUGGACUUCGCGUGAAGCUUCGGCAUCCGGUAACAAAGAUCGAGAACACUCCCCAGGGCUUGGUUCAGGUGACGCAUGUUGACCUUGACAAUGACUCUACUGAGUAUGUGGAAGGGUUUUCUAAGGUCAUCACUGCGACAUCAUCGCAUGCCCUUGCGAAGUUAUAUGAACCUGCGAGACUUAUGGCAUCACAGCUUCCGAUUUGUGAGGCAGAAGUCGUGGUACAUACUGACUAUACGAUUAUGUCCCACGUCGUUUCAAGCCCCGGCGUCCUGUCUAGCAAGCCACUUUCGGAAUUUACAGCCACCGAGUUCUUGAGCUCUACAGAAUGGUUGAAUCCCCAAUCGUCCAAUGCAGAUAUUCUAGCGUUGCAGACACGCCGUUCUCCUUCGGGCGAGGAAUGGACUGAAGCUACCCAUGUACAUAGCUCGGGUCUCCUUGUAACGGUACGGCCAGUCAUCUACCCGAGCAAGGCACAAGAGACCAGGACCGUGUACGGAAGCAUGAAUAAGACACCGCGGUUGCCACCAGCAUAUGUCAUUGACGAAACCAAGGUCGCGCACAAGGCUGUGUUUUACCGUAUGCUGUCAAAUCCGCACCGGCGAGAGUUGAUUCAGAGGGCUUUCUCGGAGAAGAUUCCAUCUGCCUCGCCAAACAAAGGUUUCGGUGACGAGGAGCGGCUUCUUAAUGGCGCUAAUGGACCAAUUCAAGAGCGGCAGGAAUGGCGAAAUGGAGAUGGACAUGUUUAUGCGGUAGGGAGCUGGCCCUGCGAUAGUCUUACUCUUCUGGAGAAUUGCGUACGAACCGGCUUGAAGGUUGCAGAGACAUUGGGAGCGGAGGUACCAUUUAAAGUGGUAGAGAGAACAGAGUUCUAA